GCGUAGCGAGGUGCGCCGUCGGCUGUCAGCCCCGCCACCCGGCCCAGGCGAGAGAGCGCUCCAGAGACUGCCGAGCGUGGGGCAGAGCGGGGAAAGAGAGAGAGAGAGAGGAGCGUCCGCCGAGCGGAUGGAGGCGCGGCGUGCCGAGCGCCGAAGGGCCGGGGAGAGCCCCUGUGAACAGCGGCUGUGAAGCAUGUUACAGAACCUCAUGACAAGUGGAUGAAGGGGAAAGGAAAAAGUGCCAUUGAUAGCUAGAAUAGCAACAUGGGAAAUACAACCACCAAAUUCCGCAAAGCUCUUAUAAAUGGAGAUGAAAAUCUGGCCUGCCAAAUAUAUGAGAGUAACCCUCAACUAAAAGAAACUCUUGACCCAAAUACUUCGUAUGGAGAAACUUACCAGCACAAUACUCCACUCCAUUAUGCUGCUAGGCAUGGAAUGAACCGUAUCCUGGGAACUUUCCUUUUUGUUAGAGAUGGUAACCCAAAUAAACGGAAUGUGCACAAUGAGACGUCUAUGCACUUACUGUGUAUGGGACCGCAGAUCAUGAUCUCAGAAGGAGCUCUUCAUCCUCGCCUGACAAGACCCUCCGAAGAUGAUUGCAGAAGAGCAGACUGCCUGCAAAUGAUCUUGAAAUGGAAGGGAGCAAAGCUGGAUGAAGGACAGUAUGAACGAGCAGCCAUUGAUGCCGUUGAUAACAAAAAAAAUACACCUUUGCAUUAUGCUGCUGCCUCAGGGAUGAAAACCUGUGUCGAGCUUCUGGUAAAACACGGUGGAGACUUGUUUGCAGAAAAUGAAAAUAAAGAUACCCCAUGUGACUGUGCAGAGAAACAACACCACAAAGAGCUAGCUCUUAACCUGGAAUCUCGAAUGGUAUUUUCACGUGAUCCUGAAGCUGAAAGCAUUGAAGCUGAGUAUGCUGCUUUAGACAAAAAAGAGCCAUACGAGGGGCUUAGACUUCAGGAUCUGCGGAGGCUUAAGGAUAUGCUGAUAGUGGAAACUGCUGACAUGCUUCAAGCACCACUCUUUACUGCAGAAGCUCUUCUCCGGGCACAUGACUGGGACAGGGAGAAGUUGCUCGAGGCAUGGAUGUCUAAUCCAGAGAACUGCUGCCAGCGCUCGGGGGUUCAGAUGCCCACUCCCCCUCCAAGUGGGUACAACGCGUGGGAUACACUGCCUUCUCCACGAACUCCCCGCACUACUCGCUCCUCUGUAACUUCCCCUGAUGAAAUCAGCCCGUCACCAGGAGACAUCGAGACAGCUGUGUGUGACAUUUGUAUGUGUAAUAUAUCUGUGUUUGAAGACCCAGUGGAUAUGCCUUGUGGGCAUGACUUCUGCAGAGCAUGCUGGGAGGCAUUUUUGAAUCUGAAAAUUCAAGAAGGUGAAGCUCACAACAUUUUUUGCCCAGCAUAUGAUUGUUUCCAGCUUGUGCCUGUAGACAUCAUAGAAAGUGUGGUUUCCAAGGAGAUGGACAAAAGAUAUCUUCAAUUUGACAUUAAGGCCUUUGUUGAAAAUAAUCCUGCUAUUAAAUGGUGUCCUAUCCCAGGCUGUGAAAGAGCAGUAAGGCUAACAAGACAAGGAUCGAAUUCAACAGGAUCAGAUACGCUUAGCUUCCCUAUGCUAAAAGCUCCUGCUGUAGAUUGUGGAAAGGGACAUCUUUUCUGCUGGGAAUGUCUUGGUGAAGCACAUGAACCUUGUGACUGCCAAACCUGGAAGGAUUGGCUACAGAAAAUAUCUGAAAUGAAGCCAGAAGAACUUGUGGGAGUUAGUGAGGCAUAUGAAGAUGCUGCCAACUGCCUGUGGUUACUAACUAACUCCAAACCAUGCGCCAACUGCAAAUCUCCAAUUCAGAAGAAUGAGGGCUGCAACCACAUGCAAUGUGCGAAGUGCAAGUAUGAUUUUUGCUGGAUAUGCUUAGAAGAAUGGAAAAAGCACAGCUCUUCUACAGGAGGAUACUACAGAUGUACUCGCUAUGAGGUUAUUCAGCAUGUAGAGGAACAGUCCAAAGAGAUGACAGUAGAGGCUGAAAAGAAGCAUAGGAGAUUUCAAGAACUGGAUAGGUUUAUGCACUAUUACACAAGGUUUAAGAACCAUGAACUUAGCUACCAGUUAGAACAGCGCCUUCUAAAAACAGCCAAAGAAAAGAUGGAGCAGCUGAGUAAAGCUCUCAGUGGAACUGAGGGAGGCUGUCCUGAUACCACAUUCAUUGAAGAUGCAGUACAGGAGCUUCUGAAAACUCGACGCAUUCUCAAGUGUUCUUAUCCAUAUGGAUUCUUUUUGGAGCCUAAAAGCACAAAGAAAGAAAUAUUUGAACUUAUGCAGACAGACCUGGAAAUGGUCACUGAAGACCUUGCACAGAAAGUAAACAGGCCUUACCUUCGGACUCCUCGCCAUAAAAUCAUCCGUGCAGCUUGUCUUGUGCAGCAAAAGCGGCAGGAAUUCUUAGCCUCUGUGGCCCGUGGUGUCGCCCCUGCAGACUCACCAGAAGCUCCCAGGCGCAGCUUUGCUGGUGGAACAUGGGAUUGGGAGUAUUUGGGAUUUGCAUCCCCUGAGGAAUAUGCUGAAUUUCAGUAUCGGAGGAGGCACAGGCAGCGUCGACGUGGAGACAUGCACAGCCUGCUGAGUAAUACUCCAGAUCCUGAUGACCCCAGUGAGAGUACAUUAGACACUCAGGAAGGUGGCAGUAGCAGAAGACAUGGCACUUCCAUGGUGAGUUCAGCUUCUAUGGGUAUUCUGCACAGCUCUUCACUUCAUGACUAUACCCCUGUCAGUCGCUCUGAAAACCAGGAUUCUCUGCAGGCCCUGAGUUCUUUGGAUGAAGACGACCCAAACAUCCUGCUAGCUAUUCAGUUGUCAUUACAAGAAUCUGGCUUAGCCAUAGACGAAGAAACUAGAGACUUUCUGAAUAACGAGGCAUCUUUAGGAGCAAUAGGUACGUCUCUACCUACAAGAUUGGACUCUGCUCCCAUAAGUAUAGAUAACCCAAGAGCCGCCUUGAGCAGCUCUGAGCUGUUAGAACUCGGUGACAGCCUGAUGAGACUAGGGGCAGGCAGCGAUCCGUUUUUGGUCGAUCGACUUCAUUCACACGCCUGCAGCGAUACAAGAGGUGGAUUAUACUCAACAUCUAGUGAUGCUGAUUCCAGUAGUCAAGAUCCCAAUACCAAUGAAAAUCUUCUUGGAAAUAUUAUGGCCUGGUUUCAUGACAUGAAUCCACAGAGUAUUGCUCUGAUCCCUUCAACAAGUACAGAAACAGAUGAGGAUUCGCAGCAACCCAGUACUGAAGAUGGGUCAGCAGGGCGGGCAAAUGUUAGAGACACAGGGUUGGAGCUUCAGGAAGAGCAUGCGCUAUUUGAGGAUGCACUCAAAAACGAAGGCAGAGGAACGCAAACAGAGGAAGGCACUUCUGAAGAAAACAUUAUUCCAGGUGAAACAGUUUCGCAAGGUGGUGAUAAUACCAGGGAAGUAACAAGCACCCUGGAUGCUUCAGGAGAUGCUUCAAAUCAGACUCCUCAAACCUCAAGUGAAUGGAUUGAACGUGUGCAUCUGGUAUGAACAAAAACUAAAUCCGAAGUAAGCAAAUGGCAGUGACAGAUGGUACAGUAUGUGGAGUAAGCAUUAUGGAGGCUUGGAUCCACAUAACUACAGCUCAGUUGUAACCACUGACGUAACAACGGAUAUUUAGAGGCUCUCUUGAAUUGUAGUUCUUUGUAAUAAUGUGAAACUUUCAAGGAAUAUCCUUUCCAUUUAAUUUGGUAGUACUUGCCUCUUUGCUCUCAAGAAAAUUGAAUAAGUAGGUUGUAUUCCACAUUCCUAAUACAAGGCAGCAUCUGUUUAGCCUUAGGUUGUUGAUCCUUAACUCUAAAGUUUGGAUUAAAGGCUUACACUGAUUAUUUUGGUUUUUUUCUAAGAAACAGUUUAUUCCUUUUUUUUUUUUUUUUUUUUUUUUUUUUGGAACUCAUUCUUUCACCAAAACAACAUUUAGCAAUUUAGCAGUGUGAUCUGAGGUAUUUAAUGCUUCUCUUUAGUACUGCUCCAGGAACAAGUUUUAGGGGAUAUUCCUUCACAUUAAAAUCAAAGAUUUUUUCAUGUCUAUUUACAGUCCAAACGUGCCAAACUGUGAAUAGUUAGCUGGCAGUAGCCUGAUCAAACAGGGCGGUGUUACUCUAUCAAACUAAUCCCACAAUUCUUAGCAGUGAAAGAAACCACUGGGUAGCAUUGCUUCUCUAAAUUUAACUGGCAUGUGUUGCCAUGGUGACUGCAUUUAAUCAAAUGUAGCCUGUAUCUUAAGUUAAUAAAACCUAAUGCUGCUGUUAAACAGUUAUUUUAAAUAUUAAAAUACAGUCAAUUAGCAACAGCUAUGCUGUAUUUUAAGAGACACUUUAAUGGAAGUGCAAUCAUAGUUCUUUGUUUUCAUAAUUCUACAAAGCAUUCUAUGCACUGAUAGUGCAAUUACUUUUAAUGAUAACAUUUUAUAAAAAUAUAGGAAUACAGGAUUUUCAUACAUUAGCCAGUCCCACAGUUAAAGUUCAGAUAACAGAUUCUGCUCAACAUGUUACGGUGCCUUUGCCAAACCCAACUGGAUAGUUGCCACAGUUAAACAAGUAAUUCAAUUUCAGUGUCUGUUCUGGAGUAACUAUGCUAUUAAUUGCAAAGACCUCCAUACAACCACCCAUGGCCUUGCCUUUACAGUAAAUAACUAAGUGUUGAAUCAGUGUUUUCGUAUAAACAAAACACUGCUAGGUAUUUGUUCAAUUGCACAAUAUUCAUUUGCUGUGUGAUUACUGUUUAGUGUUAAAAAAAAACACACACAAAAAAAAACCCCUUCCUAGUCGUUGUACCGUGAAAAUAAAAAAAAUACUGGUUUUAGAUUUGCUUAAAAGCAUCAAUCUACAGUUAGUGAGAUACAAUGGUACAGUAUGUAAUUACAACUAGAGUAAGUUGUUGAAAUGGCUGUUUUAAUUACAUAUAAUCAAACCUUUUCAUAACACAAGCAAAUUACAUACACUCCAUUUUAAGUUUUGCUUAACUGUUACCAGAAAUUUCUUGAUAUGAUAUAAAAGUUUAUUACUACUGAGUGUGUAUAGGCAAGUGUCAUGAUAGCAAAGUUUAUGUAUUGAUUACUGUGAGUUCAAGUGAGUGUUUUGAAUUCAUGCAAAUCCUGCUUUUGAACCUUGCAGUCACAAGGUUCGUAUUAGUAAAAACUGAAGUAAGAAUAUUUUACCCUUACCCCUUAAGAACCUAGAUCAUUUUGCAAGCAUCUUUAGAGAGAAUGGAAUAGAGUAGUCUCAACUCGUUUACCAGCUUUCCCUCUAGCUGCCCCUUUCCUGACAUAAUCAUGAACUUUUGGACAUCUUUGCAAAAUACCUAUUUAAAAUUGUUGUACGGUAUAAAAUCCUUCAACUAAAGCAGUUCUUUGUGAACUGUCAACAUGAAUUGGCCUGGAAGUUGUUUAGCUCACAUAGCUUCCUUGAAUUUCUGGAUAGGAAGAUUUCUCACAAAGAUCGUGUGUAUUGCAUUGAGAUGUCUUGCAAAGCUACAGUAAGAUACGUUAAGAGUGCUCUCUGUGAAGAUAGUGAAGUUUGUGGGUUCUGGUUUUUUGUAAUUUGGUUAGGUUGUGCAGUAUAUUCAUUGUUUCCGUGUUACUCUUACGAGCAUGAAAUUAGCCUAUUAAAUUUGUAUUUUCUUGGUACUUAUUUUAACACCAUAGUCAUUGACUUUACAAUUCAAAAAUAAAGUUUGGCAAGACUAUUUUGUAAACCUGUUAAUUUUAUAAUGUAAAAAAUUACUCUAACCUUGAAUUGUUAUUUGCACUUUCAUAGUCUAUACUUGAUACAUUCCCACUUUAUAUACAAGUAGGAUACUACAACCAUGUAGAUGUUUGGCCAAAUGAAUGCUGUUAAUAAUAUGUAAAAUUCUUUGAUUAAACAUUUAUUACUUAAACUAA